AAGCGUGUGAGAAUCGUGCUUGUGCCAAUCCAAUCUGACAUUUCUAUCGUAUAAUUUUUUCCUUCGAACAUUUUGAAGCUUCGCGAUCCGUAGUGCUCAUAAAUAUAAAAUUAAUACCCAAAAAUGUCUUACGUUGCCAGAAAAGGUCCACAAGUUGUGUCUGCCCUAGGAAGAUGGGCUUACAAUCUGUCCGGUUUCAACCAGUACGGUUUACACCAUGACGACUGCUUAUAUGAGAAUGAAGAUGUUAAGGAAGCAAUUCGUCGUCUACCGGAGAAGGUUAAGGAUGAGCGCAACUAUCGUAUUAUGCGAGCGCUGCACCUUUCGAUGACCAAAACUAUUUUACCGAAAGAGCAGUGGACGAAAUAUGAAGAGGAUGUUAAAUACCUUCAGCCGUAUCUCGAGGAGGUCCAACGGGAACGCGACGAAAUUACCAAGUGGGAAUCCAAUAAGUGAAGUCCACACCAGAAUAUGAGCGCUACGUUAUGGGUUUCGCAUAAUCGGUGUGGAUUGAAGUUGAUAUGUUAGGAAAAUAAAGUGAAAUAUUGGGAAGUUAAAA